GAGCGGGCUGCUGACCGAGAUCUGACACACUGACCGUGAAUAUAGGACUGCCCUAGAUCAUAUGUUCUGGUAGACUUGAAGAUUGGACAAAGAUAGAGAUUGUAAUCAGAAUUGGGCAAGGGAUGGUCCGUGGUGAUUACUCGUUUGGGUGGGUGCUAAAGGUGGUUGGCGCCCAGUGCUCUCCUUUUCGAACGGGCCAGACACAGGGUUCAUACCAAUCCAUAGCAGACUUGGAGACAAACAACGGCUCCAUCACCACGUGUACAGUCAGUAACUAGACAGACAAGACAAUCUUUCGCGCGGCUGCCGGGUAAUGCUUCCGGUAGCAGAGACAGCAGUUGAAUUUAUUAGACGGCUGACUCCGUCUCGCCCGUCGACCCACCCUCUCAACCAUGGAGCACCAGCUGUAGCCAAAGACGCUUAUGCGCCAAAAGCACGUCUGUACAUACGACAGUCAGGAGAAAAAACGGCUAAAACAGAGAACUUCGUGUCCCAAGGAUCCAAUUUCCUUGAUUUGCUCCAUGCCUCUGUCCCCCCUCUCUCCCCUCAUGGGGCCGAGUACCUGGCUCCUAUUACGGAGAUGGAGGGUGGGGACGACUUCAAGCUCGGUGGUUCUGUCAAUUUGGGGCCUUAUCCCGAACUGACACGGCAGGCCAUGGCUUUAUAAUGUUGCAUAAUAACUGUUUCACUGCAGGUCAUGAUCAUAAACGCUCAUCUGUUCUUCUUUCUCUGUCUCAGAACCCAGAACACUAUCCGGAUAACAUGGAAGGCUUCAACCGCUCCGAGUUUCUAGGCACGGUAUUCGAGUCUUGACCGUAACUCUGUUGGGUAGAUAUGGAAACUUGCAACCCAUUGGCUUGGGGGUGUAUGGCCUUGUUUGGUAGCCUUUGCCCUGUUUUUUCUUGAUUUCUA